AAAGCGUUUAGCUUUUAGAAAUUUUUCGGGGGUGGGAACAAGCUUCUCAUACACCUAGAAAAUAUCAACACAACGUGCAUGGGCAGUCGAUAAGCAUGGAAAACAGAAUACAUGAUUCCAGGACAAGAGUGACACUCCUCGAACACGGAUUAGAAAAUGUAAACAGUACAGAUUUCCCUGGUGCUUACAAUGGAUAUGAUGAUACUUGGAACCAAAGAAAAUUUGAAAAGAAUUUUCGUGUUGACGUGGUUAAGAUGGGAGAUGAUGAACUGGAGUUUGACAUGAUCGGUAUUGACGCUGCCAUUGCGAAUGCUUUCCGCAGAAUUCUAUUAUCUGAGGUGCCAACCAUGGCCAUAGAGAAGGUGUACAUCUACAACAACACUUCCAUCAUACAGGACGAGGUCCUGUCUCACAGACUAGGGCUCAUCCCCAUCAAGGCCGACCCUCGCCUGUUUGAAUACAGAUCUGAUGGUGACACUGAAGGGACAGCAGAGGACACUAUCGAGUUCCAGCUCAAGGUCAAGUGUACUAAAAAUAGCCAUGCCAAGGACACCACAGACCCCGACGAACUCUACAAGGACCACAAAGUUACAACAAAGCAUUUCAAAUGGAUUCCUGUAGGGAAGCAAUCAGAAAUUUUCAAAGAAGGUGACAUACGUCCGGUGAAUGAUGAUAUCCUGAUAGCCAAGUUACGGCCCGGACAGGAGCUGGAUCUAAAACUUCGGUGUGUAAAAGGACUAGGAAAGGAUCAUGCAAAAUUUUCUCCUGUUGCUACAGCGUCCUACAGGUUGUUGCCAGAAAUCACCCUACUACAACCAGUUGUCAAUCAUUUGGCAGAAAAGUUGAAAAAUUGCUUCUCCCCAGGAGUUAUAGAAAUAAAAAAAGUUAACGGUCAGAACACAGCCGACGUAAAGUCUGCGCGACAUGACACCUGCAGCAGGGAGGUGUUCCGCCAUGACGACCUGAAGGACCUUGUCCGUUUGUCACGGGUCAGGGAUCACUUUAUCUUUUCGGUGGAGUCAACAGGAGUGCUGCCACCUGAUAUCUUGGUGACGGAAGCUGUGCGAGUAUUGAUGGGCAAGUGCCGAACGUUUCUGACAGAACUAUCAGAGGCCUCAGGAGCAACUUAACUUCUAUUGUUAUAUUGUUUUAUAUAUGUGCAAUUUAAAAUAUGAAAACUUAUCUUUCAUUUGCGU